AUGGCCCAUCUAGAGGGCAGCUCCUCCCGGGUCCUUGUCAGAAAACAAGCGCAGGGCCCCAAAGCAACUCCCUCAACUCGUGUCCUACCCAAAAAGAAACCAGCCCCAGCUCAUGGCGUUGGAGCGACUCGGGCUUUGAGCAGCAAGUCGUUGAAAGUGGCCAAGCUGGAGAAGACAGUUCAGAAACAAGCGAAGCGAGUGUUGGUGCAAGAGGACAAGGUGGAGAUUCCCAAGAAGAGGCGCUCUAUCCAGCGAUUGCCGUUGAAGGAGGAGGUCAAUGCUGGAUCAAGAGCGAGGAACAACAAGCUGACUCUCCUGGAAGAGAGGAGUGUUUCCAGCGAAGUGCGGCACCAAUAUGGUCAACAUUUGGAGUGGUUCGAGAAUUUCUGCCGGGAGGAAGGCACCAGUUGGCUUUCCAAAAGGUGCGACGAGUUUCUGGCAGAUUUCUUGGAUCUGGAGUUCAUUCAAGGAAAGGCAUCAUGCGAAGGAGAGAAGCUAGUGGCAGCAGUAGAGUACAAGUUCGCCAGCCUGCGUGGGAAGUUGUACGCCCUGAAGUUGCUCCUUGACCACGACACGUACCUCAGACCUGGCGAGUCUAUAGAUCUCAAAGGCAGGGACAUCGUGUUGCCAGUGAAGGGGGCAGGAAGACAGUACCAAUGGUAUGCGGUCAUCGUCCGAAAUUCCUUGGAUGCAAAGCCCGACAAGGAGUUGAAGUCCCUCGGGCACAAGCUCUUUCCCUUCGAUGCAGCGCAGUACAAGAAAGUUUUUGUGGAGGCAGGGAAGAUGUUGAACCUGGAUGCUCUUCACCCCUACCAGACACGGCAUGGGGGAGCAGCAGAAGACCUCAACGGCAAAGGGCGCGACCACGCCAAUGUCAAACAGCGUGGUACAGCACGUGUCGCCAAAUGCCUUCUCAAGAAAGGAUGUGACAGCUCCGGAUGUUUUUGGACACUUCGAGCUCAGCCCUAUCCUUGGCCUUUUGCUGAGGUGGUGGCGACUAAUGCGGCCAUUGCCUUGCAAGCGUGUGGUCUGGAAGAAUUGCCAUCCAUUUUUCGCACUGUACGAGGCAUUGUCGAAGGGCUCUUGGACACCAUAAGCCAAGCCCUUGGCGGCGAGAAUGUUCUCGACAGUACCAAAGAAGUCAUCAGCAACGCAGAAAGCGGCACGAUUCAUCGUGCCAUUGCAUCGCUCCAAUCGCACAGGAGUGGAGCCGAUCAAGCCACGGUUCGUGCUCUCCAACGUGGUGACACACACACAUUGUGGGUCUCCCUUCCGCAGUUGGAUGCCGAUGCAGAAGGCGAGAGAAGGAGAGAUGAGACAUCAGUGUGCAUAGAAGGCAGCGCGGAAGACUUGCCUUUGGAAGGAGAGGAGUCGGUGCCUGAAGCUGAUGAAGAUUUCGGAAGGAGGCAGACAUUGGCAGCCGAGAUUGAAGUGCAGUGCUGGGCCCAGGUAGCGCCGCAGGUUGGACGUGGUGAGAAGAUCUGCUUAGCGGUUGCAAACGUAAGUCUGGAUCACGGAGAUCGCGAGUUCGCCACGCUGAGGUCAAUGAAUGCUGAGGAUUUUGCAGACAGGAGAGAAGUGUCACCUGUGCACGAUGCGGCACCUGUGAGUGAAGAUGGUGCUGCAGAAGUGCAGGGAGAGAGCGGGCAAGGGCCAUGCAUGGAAGGUGGAGCAGGUCACGUGGUGAAGCUGUCGACUGAGUUGGGCAAGACUAAGACCAAUCACUUUUUCGGAUCUUCUGUCAGCAUCCGCAUUGUCGUGCCGUGCGUCAUCCGAACAGAGCUGAUUGAAUUGAAGGUCUGGAGUUGUGCCUGUCUCAACGCCGUUUUCUUUUCGAGUACAUUACCGCCGCCAGAUUCUGACCCAGCAUGCAGACCCGAAUCCGGUUCCGUGGCAUAUUGGUCGCAAAAAAUCGCUGUUGGCAUUGUAUCCGCCGCCAUUGGAGAUUUCAUCAUCCUCCUGCUAUUUCUGAUGGUUAGAAUUAGAAUCGAAGAGCGGGACGAGUGGACUGAUGAAGACAAAACUGAAUGGCAAAACCGGUUGCGCAACAGGACCAUUGCAUUCUGGUUCUUUGCUGUCUUGUACAAGAGCUUUUGCAUCUUCUACGUCUGUGCCUUUAUUGCCAACGUCAGCAAGGAGGAUGCCAACCAGUUGCUGGAGGCUACUGCAAUGUCCCUGCUGCAGGAUCUUGUUCUGAAGCCAGCAAUCCUUGCACUCAUCCUGGCAGUGGUCUCAACUCUGGUACUCACCUGCCGUCCCAGCAUCAAAAGGGACAUUCAAGCCAAGUGGAUGGAAGAUGGAAGUGUCGAACAUGUCGCAGCCAAGGACUCGAGAGGUUCUCCAAUCCCAAGUGAUGUUUGCGAAGCCAGUGAUGUGAAGGAGGAAGGUGACGGACAUCCACCGCUUCGUCCGGUUCGUUCGGUUCGUGAUCCAAAUGAGGCACAGUUUGCCAGUGUCCUUCCUGGGAUGCCUGGACCAUGAAGGCCCCAGUUUCACCAUGGUUUCACCUGGGAUUGGCUCAAG